AUGGGCUCCAUGAUGUCCCUCCUCUUUGCCGAGAAAGGCUGCAAAGUCUACUAUUUUGAUAUCAGUGAAUAUAACAUGAAAGCAGCAGAAAAGAUGGUCAAGGACGUCAACGAAGAAACCCGAGUCUUUCGCCAACACAGCUAUCAACAACUCUGUGAAGAAAUCUACUCCGAGAACCAUCCUCGAAUCAUCAUCUUUAGUAUACCCCACGGAAAUCCCGGCGACGAAUGUGUCAAGGCUCUGCGACCGUACAUGACGAAGGGAGAUAUCAUUCUCGACUGCUCAAACGAAUUCUAUGGCAACACGGAACGACGACAAGCGGAUCUUGCAAAAUAUGGCAUUUUUUAUGUCGGAUGCGGUGUCUCGGGCGGAUAUCAGAGCGCACGAGCUGGCCCGUCGCUGUCACCAGGCGGCGAUCCCCAAGCCCUCGAAAUCAUCAUGCCGCUUCUCAGAAGAGUCGCAGCGAAAGGCCGCGACGGGAAACCAUGUACCAGCCCCAUCGGCCCAGGCGGUUCAGGGCAUUAUGUCAAGAUGAUCCACAAUGGAAUCGAACAAGGCAUGAAGUCAGUUAUUUCCGAAGUUUGGUACAUCCUCACCAAAGGUCUUCAGCUCAGCUAUGAAGAAGCAGCUGGUGUUUUUGAGAAGUGGAACCAGACACCUGAACUUUAUAACACGUUUCUGAUCUACAGCGCUGUUGAUAUCAAUAGGACAAAAGAUGAGAAAGGGCGAUAUGUUCUGGGGAGGGUUCAGGAUAAGGUUGUGCAGGAUGUUGAUAAUACUGAAGGCACGGGGACGUGGUCUUGCGAAGAGGCGGUGAGACUCCACGUCCCUGCUGCGAACAUCGUCAGUGCGCAUUUGUUCAGAUGUACGUCAGCUGAACUGAGCCAGCGCGCUGCUGAUGCUGAGGCUUCAGGACGUUGGCAGCCUUCAGCGAUUAAAGUCUCUUCGAGGGAUGGCUUUAUUGAAGAUCUUCGAAAGGCGACGUGCUUCUGUUUAUUGCUGUGCUUCACGCAGGGUCUACAGAUCAUUCGUGAAAUGGAUCAGCAACGCGAGUGGCACAUCGACUACCAAGACCUCCUACAUGUCUGGAGCGCCGGGUCGAUCAUUCAAGCAGGAGGUAUCAUGGAUCUUCUUCACAAGAUCCACAGCGAAUCGUCCAGCAAGAACAAUCUCUUGUCCGACAGUGAACUCGAAACCCAACUAAACAGCCUUCUCCCUUCAAUGAAGCGAUGCAUCCUCACAGCAUUGGAGGCUGACAUGGUGAUUCCAGCAAUGAGCCAGAGCUUGGAAUAUUACAAGUAUUCAACAUCGGUAGAUCUGCCCACGCAGUUGAUAAAGAAGGAGCUGAAUAUCUCGGCAAUCACAAGUUCGACCUAG